AUUAAUGGUUGAGCAACAUUUCUCUGCAUUCUUACCCAUCCUUGAUCUCUUUGUUCAUCUCUUUCACUUUCCCUUCAACUCCCUUCAGUCAUUCAAUCUCUACAGGAAUGGGUUUCAAAGCAGUUUAACAACAACAACAAUAAAAUUCCCCCAGGCGUGGAGCGGGGGUUGGAUGCUAGAUUACUUUCAGUUGUGCGGUCUGAUUAAAUCAUUCAAUGCUCCCAUCGGAAAGAAGCACUCUGGAGUUUCUGAUGACCAACUUCCAGGAUGUCCUGUCUGGGGUUGUAUCUGACUCUGCUCUAUGCUGCCGGUUUUCUACUAAACAGUGCCUCAUCACAUGAAGGAGUGUCACUGAAGUGCAACAAAACAGUGACAUUUGUAGCUGGAGAAACGGAGACACUGAACUGCACUGUAACAUAUUCCAAAAUAGAAAACCCAAAGAACUGUAAAUGUGAAAGUUGUUUCUGGAACGACAGAAAUCACAGCGUACCGUGUAGCUGUGGCGGCUUGAUCCAAUACGGUUUGGAUUAUGCGACUUACUAUGUGUUGAUCAACAUCUCAAAUGUCAGGGAAAAUGGAAAUUACAGCGUUAUCAUGAGAACGGACUGCGGUAGGGCUACAUCAUCUCCGAUAAAAGUUAUCAUGCUCGGCAAUGUUGGGCGCCCGGACGGUAUUACCGGCCCCCAUGAUGAUGAAACCAGGCCUGCCAUACUUUGUGGCCUUUUCGUCAUCGUCAUCGUUUCGGGCAUUCUGUAUUUCCUGUUUAGAACGAAAAGAGCCAGACAAAUAAUGAAUAGUAUCAAGAAUAAAAAUAAAACUGAAGACUACAGCGACAUGGACGCUGCACCAGAGAGUCAAGGUCCACUGAUCGCCUAAGGCAUUUUCAAAUUUGUGUGUUCACCAUCUCUGGAUAUGUUAAAAAUAUGUCUUGUUCGUAAGAUUUUCCCUCUACUCUGUCCCAUUUUUCAGAAUUCUGAUUGAUCCACGUACAUAUUGGUUAUAAUAUGCGUAACCCUCAUGUUGUCCUUGGGUCAAAUUUGACCCUUUUUCAAUUAUUGUAUCACAAAAAAAUGGGCCUUUCAGAGGAAGUGCUGAAAAUGUCAACAUUCAAAAUAUCAAAUAACUUUGGAAAAAAAGCCCCCACAACAUUGAAAAAGUUACAAAAAUGACGGAAAAACGGAAAAACACAAGGCAUUCCUUGCUCCAGGACUUUGGAAUGCCACCUACUUUUUUAGACAGGUGUUAAGUAGACCUGUCUGCAUUUUUUCAUUUUUUUAUUUCAACUGUAAUGCUUUUUGAUAUGUAAUUUGUACUGUACGUCUUUUAAUGUCAUUGUAAAGCUCUUUGUAGUUUCAUGUGUAAAAAGUUCAUGAAUAUAUUUUUGAUACAACUUUCUUACUUUUGUUGUAGUGCUCCUCUAUAUGUGUAAACAGACAGAUGUUAAAGGUUGGUUCCCCUUGGAUGUCAUCGGGUAUGUCUUUUCCACCAAGGCAGUUCUGGCGCUGGUUCGGAGUCAAAUAUCUAACCAGUUCUUUGCUUUUCCACACAAAUAAACCUGGUUCUGGGCCAAGACAACAUGUUCCAACUCAGCACCAACUUAGCGCCGGUCUAGAGAAAAGAACCGGUUACGUCAGGUGUUGGGGGAGGGGUUAUCAUGACGUUCGAAAACAAAAACUUCUGACACCAUUGUAUUAAAUUGGAAUCAGACCCAACAGGAUGCGAGUGUUUCUGCGACUUCUUUUUGGAGCCAGUGGCGUCGCCCGCUGGCUGUAAAUUACAUUC